CUUAACUAGCUAUUUACACAGCUUGUCUGGAAAGUACCGUAUUAUUUUCUCAAAAAAUCUCUUGAAAAUGAAGUCUGGCGAGAUUCUGAUUUGCUAGGGGAAGACAUCCAGCGUUUAAGGCUAUAGCGGCGUCAUAUUUUGGUCCCUGGUUACAACAAACAUGUCAGAUAUGUAAUGAGCAAAACUAACUGAAAAAGUUGAUAAAGUAGCAAGGUUGUUAAUACAAACUAACUCGAAACUAUUUCUUCGUUAACUCGCAGUGGAGUACUGUCGCGAACAGUAGUGUGUACAUCUGUCUCAACAGAAAAUGCUGCCAAGUACGUUUCCCACCUCACUGAGCCGUUCAUUUCCUGGAUCUGGGUCUUUGAGAGCAUUCUGAAAGCGAAUCAAUUUGGCAAUCCGCUCCGCGUACGCACGGCGAUGCAUGGCAGAUAGCUCGCCAACGAUCUCCGCAGCUCCUGGGCAGAAAUAAGUUUAGCUGGUUAGCGCGCACAACUUGAGGCGGCAUCGCUGACCAAUGUCGCAGAGAAGAGGACUUAUACGGCGCUCGCUGUCAGCUGCGUCGGAUCUGAGUGGAAACAUCACAUUUUAGACGGCGAAACUUGGAACGAAAAAUAAGCAAAUAAACUUUAAAAAAUUUCAGAGGGAACACCACACCACAGCAGCAGCAAGAAUGGAUGGCUUGGGCAAUAGCCUUGAUGACGUGUCGGCGGACAGCAGCACAGAGUUCCCUGACAGGGUGUCGCUGAUGGAGGUGCGUCUGCAGGCGCAGGAAGAUGAGAUCACCCUGCUGAAGUCAUCUCUGGCCGACGCUCUGCGCAGACUACGUGUCCACGACCAGCAGAUCCCUCUGCUCAAACAGCACCUCAUCGCAGUGAAUCCUGCAGCCGCCCGGGCUCUGAACUCCCCCUGCUGCGCAGACGGUUUCUCCAGAACCCGCAAACUAUCCAGCAACUCUGUCCCAGACAGCCCCCGCCUGCCUGGCACCAGCCCGGCGGAGGAUGAGUGCACGGGGGGCGUGAGUUCGCCCCUCCAGACCCCGAAUCACAGGCUGGAGGUCCCCACUCAGGACAGGGCCACGCAGACGGACUGGCCACCGCCGGCGUGGCCGCUGGCGGCGGAGAAGGUGCCACUGGUGCAGACGCGGGCGGUGCUCAGCCUGUCCCUGGAGGACGCCCUGCCCCCCGACGCGCCCGGCCUGGAGGAGGCGCGGGACGGGGACGGGGAGGGGGACCCCAGCUGGACCGGGCUGGUGGAGGAGCCCAUCCAGCCCAGCUGCGUCCGGGCGCUGUCGCAGGACUCCGCCCUGCAGGAGAACCCCGGCGAGCAGAAGAGAGACUCCGCCGAGGCUCCGAACGAGGCCAGGGCGGAGCCCACCCCCACACCCAGCCGAGAGGGCGUGGCUGGCUCCGCCUCUCCCAGCCCCCGCAGCCGCCCCCUGUCCCCUGUCCAGGAGGGGGAGAAGAACCCCCUGUUUCGGAGGAACAGCUCCUCUGAGAAGCUGCUGAAGGAGACGCAGGAGAGGCCCAAACAGAAGCUGGGCAGGAAAGCAGCCUCUUCCACCAACCUGCUCACGCGCUCCCCCAGCCUGGAGAACAGGGCGAAGGACCUGAUUUCCAGUGCAGGGUCUUCUGGCUCCAGGAGAGGCACAUACGGCCAGGGUCAUUCCAUAAAGAUGUUUAUUCGUGGACGGCCAAUCACCAUGUACAUCCCUUCCAACAUUCAGAACUACGAGGACCUGAGGAUGGAGCUGCCUGCAGAGAAGCUAGAGCUGGAUUGGGUAUACGGUUACCGGGGGCGGGACUGCCGGGCCAACCUGCAUCUGCUGGGGUCGGGGGAGGCGGUGUACUUCAUCGCCUGCGUGGUGGUUCUGUACCACAUCAACAAGUGCACACAGCGCCACUACCUCAAGCACACCGACUGCGUGCGCUGUCUUGCCAUUCAUCCAGACAGGGUUCGUGUGGCCUCAGGACAGAUGGCUGGAGUGGACAAGGAUGGCAAGCCUCUUCAGCCUUCUGUUCAUAUCUGGGACUCCACCACUCUGGCGACGCUGCAGCAGAUUGGUCUGGGCAGUUUUGAGAGAGGCGUGGGUUCAGUGGCCUUCUCACAUGCAGACUCUGGAGCGUUCCUGUGUGUGGUAGAUGACUCUAAUGAGCACAUGCUGUCUGUGUGGGACUGUGCCAAGGGGACAAAGCAGGCCGAGAUCAAGAGCACCAAUGAGGCGGUGUUUGCAGUGGAGUUCAACCCCAGUGACAGCAACAACAUCAUCACCUGUGGAAAAUCUCAUGUCUACUUCUGGACCCUGAGCGGGGGGGCUCUCAGCAAGAAGCAGGGCAUCUUCGGCAAAUACAAGAAGCCCAAGUUCAUCCAGUGCUUUGUGUUCAGUGGGACGGGAGACGUCCUGACUGGAGACUCAGAGGGCAAUAUCCUGACCUGGGGCAAGUCAGCUGCUGAUGUCAAGACCCUGGGAAAAGGAGCCAAAGAAACCUACCAGAUCAUGCGGCAGACGAGGGCCCACGAGGGCAGCGUUUUUACCCUGUGUGUCCUGCAGGGCGGCGCUAUACUGAGCGGUGGAGGAAAAGACCGCAGGGUUAUCCGAUGGAGCGUGGACCUGGCACCUGAGCGGGAGUGUGAGAUCCCAGAAAAGUUUGGCGCGGUGCGUACCAUUGCAGAAGUGGAGGGGGAGGAGCUGUUAGUUGGUACGACCCGGAAUGCCAUACUGAGGGGCACUUUCUCAGAGGGCUUCGUAGCCAUUGUACAGGGUCAUGUGGAUGAGAUGUGGGGGCUGGCCACCCACCCUUCCCAGAGCAUCUUCCUCACCUGCGGCAACGACAAACAGGUGUGUCUGUGGAACACUGAGAACCAUCGACUGGACUGGAGCACCACGCUGGAGGAGUCGGGGCUGUGUGCUGAUUUCUGCCCUAACGGCAGUGUGGUGUCUGUAGGACUCAACACAGGCAGGUGGGUGGUUCUGGACCUGCAGACCAGAGAGAUUGUGUCAGAUUACACUGAUGGGAAUGAGCAGCUGUCCGUCAUGCGGUACUCCCCAGAUGGAAGCUUCCUGGCUGUGGGUUCCCAUGACAACUUCAUCUACAUCUACAACGUCACAGAGAACGGGCGACGCUACACACGCUUUGGAAAGUGCAAUGGUCACUCCAGCUUCAUCACCCACCUGGACUGGUCCAAGGACGGCAAGUACAUCAUGUCCAACUCAGGAGACUACGAGAUUCUCUACUGGGACGUGGCCGGUGGCUGUAAGCUGCUGAGGAACCGCUUCGAGAGCAAAGACCGCGAGUGGGCCUCUUACACCUGCGUGCUGGGCUUCCACGUCAUGGGGGUGUGGCUGGAGGGCUCGGAUGGCACAGACAUCAACGCACUGUGUCGCUCGCACAGCGAGAGGGUGGUGGCAGUGGCCGACGACUUCUGCAAAGUUCACCUGUUCCAGUACCCCUGCCCAAAACCCAAGGCCCCCAGUCACAAGUAUGAGGGACACGGCAGUCAUGUGACCAACGUAUGCUUCACUCAUAACGACAGUCACCUGAUCUCCAUGGGCGGGAAGGACACCUGCGUUCUGCAGUGGAGGGUGACCGGGGGUGGGACCGGGGUUGCAGGGGGUGCGGGGGGUGUGGGGGGUGCCCUGGACCGCAGCACCUCCGCCUCCUCCACCUCUAUCAGCUCCCUGGAGGCAGGAACUUAG